AUGGACAGCAAACCCUAUCAAUGCCAGCGAUGCUCCAGAUCAUUCGCUCGUCUGGAGCAUCUUCAACGCCACGAUCGGUCCCACACGAAGGAGAAACCGUAUGCCUGUGCACAAUGCCCGAAGGCCUUUACACGCAAAGAUCUGCUUGCGCGUCAUGAGCGACUCGCCCAUCAACCAGGGGCGAGCCCCGCGAGCCAUCAGACAGUAUCACCCUCUCCAGCUCGGUCAAAUUUAGAUGGCCUAGAUGUUCUGGCAUCAGCCGUGACAGACCAUGCAAAUUCCAAUCGUCCAAUAUCAGGACGGAGCGAUCAAUAUUCGGAUGCCAUAUCUGUAGACCGAAGCUCAAUGAUUGGCCCUCAGCUAUCCAAUGCCGAGAUUUCCCCAUCAAAGCAAACCGCCGCCCCGCCUCUGCAAGGACCCGAAUAUGGAUACCCACUGGGCGGUUUUCCAGCGGGCGCUUACGAAGAUAAUGACUUCACGUCAUUCCUAGACAGUGUUCCCCUGCCUAGUCAUCCGUUCUCGCCAGCAUUCCAGCCGCUUCCUUUGUUCCCACCCUUGCAAUAUUCCCCCGUUGCGGAAUUUGAACAGACCCCUGAUGGAGGCCCGCCUACAGAGCCAGCUUCUACGCCAUUGAGCUCGGUACUACCACGUCAUGGUGCACAGCUACCAUCUCUUCAGCCCGAGGGAUAUCAGUCCCCGGCCCACAAGGCACGACAACCCACAGGGUUCCUGCCUGUGACAGCACAGUGCCGAGAAAAGAUUCUUCGUCGUUUAGCGGACUAUUCCAAUGUGGUCCCCGACCCAUCUCUCCCCUCUCGCCAUGCUUUAUCCCGAUGUUUAACUGGCUACCUAAUGGGGUACCAUGAUCACUAUCCAAUUGUGCACAAGCCAACUCUCAAUGUCGAGGCUAUGCCUGUCACUCUAUUUUUAUCCAUGGCCGCGCUAGGUGCGCGCUACUGUCGCGAGCCAGACACUAGUAUGCGACUGUACCAAAUAGCCAAACCAGUCACUUUGGAGCACGUCCGACGGACGUUCCAAUCAGGAAAGCUACCGGAACCUGAUGCGAACAGUAUAGAUAUGCUUGAAACAAUUCAGUCCCUGCUUUUCUUAAUAUCUGUCUCAUCAUGGUUUUUAAACGAUCCGCCAUACUACGAGGCAUUGUCUAUUCGAAGCACAAUGGGCGCCCUGGUGCGGAAAGGGGGCCUCAACCGACUCCCCGAACUGGACGGAACUUGGGCAAGCUGGAUUUUCCGCGAGCAAGUCAAGCGUAUAAAGCUGAUUGUCUUCUGCUUUUUUAAUAUUCAUACUAUUGUCUUCGAUAUCCCCCCAGUCAUUCUCACGGAAGAGAUCUUUUUGGACCUGCCAUGCACCGAGAGGGAAUGGCAGGCAUCCAGCCCCGAACUCUGGCAGUUAGCCCGCAGUCAAAGUCCUGGAGAACCCAAGUUUCAAGAUGCAUUAUCAGCACUAUUCGAUCCUCACAGCGAUAUGGAACGCUUCUCAUCUCUUGGUGGCUAUGUGCUUAUCCACGCCUUGCUGCAGGACAUAUGGCUGAUGACUAAAACGAGCCGCCUGUGCGUUUCUCGCUCUAACAACCGCCUUAAUCAUGCAUCCAUAGCACCAACAUCGCAACUCAUCGUAUUUGAGCAGGCCCUUGAACGUUGGUGUCAGUCCUGGGAACGAAAUCAGGAGUCAUCAAUCGACCCACUCAGUCCCCAUGGGCCAUUAUCAUUCACGUCUGCAGCAUUACUCCGGCUAGCAUACAUUCGAUUGAAUGCCGAUUGUGGUUCCACCCGGCAACUUCAAUCUUGGGACUCCGUUCAAAUAGCCAGGAGUCUAAAAGAAAAUCUCUCUGUGCAGCGUGGCGACCGCCUCACGCGAGCUGCACUGCACUGUGCUCAUGCGCUCAGCACACCGGUCAAACUAGGCAUUGGAUACGUGGCACACUCCCAGGUCGCCCUGUGGUCAAAUCAGCACGCCCUAUGCUCGCUUGAAUGUGCCGUCGUGCUUGCCAAGUGGCUAGAAGCGGUGAUGGGGCCGAAUCCUGACCCCGUGCUGACGGAACAGGAGAUCCGCUUACGGGACUUUGUCAUCGAAAUGGUCAUGGAGGUGCAGCAUGGCGUUUCUCGUGAGUGGCUGAUGGCCACUAAUACUAGGCUUAGUGCGGCAGUUACCCGCCUUUGGGCGCGCCUUUUCACAGCAGAUUAUAUCUGGGAAAUGGUCAAUCUGAUUGGAAGGUCGCUUGACAGCUAUGCGGAUUUAUUGGAGGAGACCUGA